AUGACGCACAACCUUCAUAUUCCUCUCGAGAUCAUUCUUCAGAUACUCGAAAACUCAAUCCCACCAGGCAACCCCGGUCGCAUCCUUAGUGUCUCAACCCCAGAUAUCCAGCUGCUCGUCGCUUGGGCCAGAGUAUGUCGGGCCACCCACGAACCCGCGAUUCGGUUCCUGCGACAGCACUGCGUGCAUAUCGACUCACAGCUCCGCCUCGGGACGUUUCUAAAAUGUCUUACCUAUUCACAAAAACUGGAAGAGAGCGGAGAGGCAUCGACUCUUCCAAAGACUAUAUCGCUCUCUGAAAUCUCGUCCAUUUAUUUUGGACUAAGCGAGAAGGAAAUUCGAUUAGUUCGAACUAAUGCAUUACUACGUGAUGUCUUGAUCAAACUCGGUGGCUCUGUGCGCCGCCUCAUCCUUGACUUACCCUUCCGCAAGGUUGGCCAUCUAUACAGCACCGAAAAUCAUAUAGAUUUCAUAUACCAACAAGGGCUAUGGGCAUUAUCCAAUCUUGAAGAACUAGUCACAUUGGGUGGCUUGCCAGCCUUGGAGUUCUGGAGAAGCGAGCUCGAUAUAUCCAGCGUGUGGCCCAAGCUGCGCCGGGUAGCCGGUUUCAAGAUCAACUUGUCUGAAGAGGCACUUUGGUACAACAUGGCCAGACACCGCAACAUUGAGCACCUGGUAGUUGUAAUGCCUUAUUUACUGCGACGGGAGAGGUGGAACAUCAAGGAAGCCAUCGCUGGCCGAGAAUGGAAUUCUGAUCUUGGUGGCGACUCCACCUAUGCCCGCCCUCUUAAGAUUGUCGUUGCUCAUCAUGAGUAUAGCUCGCGAAUGGUUGAUACUCGAGAUGGAGGUAUUCACGACCCAUCGGGGUUUCUUGACGUUUCUGUCUUCAACAUACCGGUGCUCGCAAAAAGAAUCGAUUAUGUAUGCUUGGAAUGGCUGAUCAGGACUGCGAAGGAAGGUACCCUCUGGAAGUGA